AUGUCUUUUAAAAUAAUCCUCAUUACUGGUGGAAACACUGGCUUGGGACUGGAAAUUGUCCGCGCUCUGUGUCGGUCAUCGAAACCCUAUAAAAUACUUCUUGCUGGCCGAUCUCUAGAAAAGGCAAUAGCUGCGACUGAGAAGUUAGCCUCUGAGCAGCUCAACAGCUCUACCACGGUGGAGCCCAUUCAGCUUGAUGUUGAAGAUGACGAGUCAAUCAAUUCGGCCUUUAAAUUCGUGGAGGAACAGUUUGGGCGAUUGGAUGUUCUUGUGAAUAACGCAGGUGCAAAUUUCGAUCGUGAGCUGUAUUUGGGAAAAUUUAGCCUACGGGAAGCAUGGAACAAAUCAUGGGCAGUCAAUACGGUGGGAUCGCACGUCGUAUCUUCCGUCUUUACCCCAUUGCUUCUGAAGUCGUCUGAUCCGAGGCUUAUCUUCAUUGCAAGUGGCACUGCAACCCUGCACGGGCAGACGAAGGAAGAGCGGUUCACUGACAGAGCACCCGCAAAGGGUUGGCCGAAGGAAGAAUUGGGAUGGAGUUCAUACAGGAGCGCCAAGACUGGAAUGAAUAUGAUGAUGCGCGAAUGGGCACGGGUACUGAAGGAGGACAAGGUCAAAGUGUGCGCAGUAAGCCCAGGUCUGCUGGCUACUGGACUCGGUGGCGAUCAAGAAUUACUGAGGCAGAUGGGAGCCAUAGAUCCACAAAUUGGAGCAGAUCUCGUCACAUCAGUUAUUGAAGGGGAAAGAGAUGCGGAUAUGGGCUUAGUUAUCAACAAGGCAGGUGUACAGCCAUGGUAA